AUGGAAAAGGGAUUAAAGCGGUUUGGUGGAACGAUGUCCAAAAUCCUUACUAAGUGUCCGGAUUCCUCCUUACGUAUCAGCGGUCCGCCAACUCUGGGCCUCAAUAUGAGCCAAACGCGUCGGUUCGCCGACGCGACGACGAGCGCUAUGCGCGUCCGGGGGACUCGAGAGUUUCAUAAAAAAUGGAGAAAUACUUACUCUUACCUAUGCGCAAAAGAGCGCCCAGAGUCACUAGACGAAUACAAUAGAAACAAAGUCUAUUAG